GAGUCAGGUGAAAAUCAGAUAGCGUCAACCUCUGUACGACUGGCAUUAAUUGCCAGCCUGUGAACAGCUGUAAACCAACAGGCUGUGUGCAACUAAUGCUCUCCCUCUCCUCUCUCUCUAUAGUCCCUCAAGCCUCGACGUCUCCUUUCAUUCCUCUCUCUCUAUCUCUGGUUCCGUACUAGCCCUAGAUAGAGAAACUCCAUAUAGAUCUCUCAUGCUGAAGAGAGAGAGAGAGAGUGAAAUAGAGUUCGAAUUGAUUUCAAUUACAAGAAUCCUAAGCCCAAAUUUUAGAAUAUGAGAAAGGUAAUGCCUCUACUUCUACUGCUAGAACCAGCGUUGUUUCCUAGUGUUGCCAGUGAUGCGCAUUGCGCACCAUUUCUGCACCCAUUCUCUUCGUCCACUCUCUUCUGCACGCUUCCCCAUGUUCUCCAGCCUGUUUCUGUUACUCCUCUCUCUUCUUCAUCUUUUUAACCAACUUUAAACUCUACUCUGCUCUCUCUCUUUAUCUCUUUAACGCUCACUCGCAGUUUGGGUUCUGGUUGGGUUGGGUUGGGCUGAGUCUCCCGCUUUUCAAAAAACCUAACAGGAUAGAAAGGGCAGAUAAUCUGAGUUGAGUUAAUUAUGGAUCCCUGCCCUUUCGUGCGCAUCACCAUUGGCAAUCUCGCACUCAAAAUUCCUGUUGCUUCUAAGCCUGCUCGCUCCGUUGUUCACCCAUCUUCAUCGCCCUGCUUUUGUAAAAUUAAGCUGAAGAAUUUUGCGCUACAAACAGCCGUCGUCCCCUACAUUCCUCCUGAGAAUACUCAGUUCCCCGAUGGACAGGCUCAUACCGUUGCCGCUACCUUUCAUCUUAGCAAGUCUGAUCUUGAACGUUUAGUUGCGAAAUCUAUUUUUGCCGGCAAGCUCUGUCUAAAAAUUUCUAUCUACACGGGGCGUCGUGGCACUACUUGCGGGGUUAACUCUGGAAGGCUUUUGGGGAAAGUUUCCGUGCCGUUGGAUCUGGCGGGAACGGAGUCCAGGGCUUCUGUAUUCCACAAUGGGUGGAUUUCUGUUGGUAAGGAAGCUAAUAAAGGAUCCUCUGCUCAGUUUCAUUUGAAUGUGAAGGCAGAGCCCGAUCCGAGAUUUGUGUUUCAGUUCGAUGGAGAGCCAGAGUGCAGCCCUCAGGUGUUCCAGAUCCAAGGGAACAUUAGGCAACCGGUUUUUACUUGCAAGUUCAGUUUCAGAAACACCGGCGACCGGAAUCAAAGAUCUAGGUCAUUGCAAUCCGAGCCAAGCAGCUCUAGAAGCUGGCUCAGCUCGUUUGGUAGCGAAAGGGAGAGGCCAGGCAAGGAACGAAAAGGGUGGUCAUUAACGGUACACGACCUUUCCGGCUCACCUGUAGCUGCUGCUUCAAUGGUUACGCCCUUCGUGGCUUCUCCCGGCUCUGACCGAGUAAGCCGGUCCAACCCCGGUUCCUGGCUCAUACUUCGCCCUGGCGAUGGCACCUGGAAGCCAUGGGGCCGGCUUGAGGCUUGGCGUGAGCGCGGGUCCUCUGACGGACUUGGCUAUCGUUUUGAGCUUAUCCCGGAUACCAACGGUGGCAUGAGCGCAGCCGGCAUUGUACUUGCUGAGUCUACUCUCAGCUCGCAUAAAGGCGGAAAUUUUCUCAUCGAUAUGGGAGUCAACUCGAGUGGGCGCUCAACUCCGGGAAAUUCAACUUCGCCGGUGUGUAGUCCGAGGAGCAGCGGAGAUUACGGGUACGGGCUAUGGCCAUACUGCAUGUACAGAGGGUUUGUAAUGUCGGCUAGCGUGGAAGGUGAGGGCAAGUGCAGUAAGCCCAGCGUCCAAGUAAGUGUGCCCCACGUGAACUGCACAGAGGAUGCAGCUGCUUUCGUGGCAUUAGCAGCAGCCAUCGAUUUGAGCAUGGACGCUUGCAGGCUUUUCUCUCAACGGCUCAGGAAAGAGCUGUGUCAAGACCGUGAUUUGCUUGGCUGAUUCUUCUGCCUUCGCUUUUGACGCUGUCGUUUUGUGUUAAUUUUCUAAUUUUUUUGUUUUUUUAAAUCCGGGUGGAUGGAUUUUGUAUUCCAUCGCAGUGAGUUUCGCUAACAAAACUGUGUACAGUGAGAGAGCAUUAGACAGGCACGCUUUGUUUUUACUCGUGUGGCUUGUAUUGUUGUUUUUGUUUUUCUUUUAAAAAAAAAAAAUGGUGGAAGAAAACAGGUGUUUUCGAAGUAUUGUAGCCGCUGACUUGAAAAAAAUGUUUAUUUUUUAUUUAGAAUCCAAUGUUUAUGAGCUGGAAAUAUUCUGGUAGGUCAAUUGUUGGUUGGCAACCAAUUUCAUUAUAUAGCUAUACUUCCUUAUUCUCAA